CUUAACGUCUUUUUGUCUAUCUGUAGAGGAUAUUGGAGGGCAACAUUUCUGGCAUGAAAUAGGACUAAUCAACUUAGUUGAGUUCGUAUUUAAGGCAAGGUGAAUUAAUUAAGACAGUUUUCAAAACAGUUAUCACAUGUGUUUUUCAACCUGCAGCCAGAGAAGCUUCUGCAGCUGAAGGACAGAAAGUCUUCGGAUGGUUUUUCCCUGAGCAAUGUCAAAACCAAGACGUCUUCACAGAGGAUACAAUGGAACCUACAGAGUCUCGUAGACAUGUGUCUAUGCCUGGCAAACCUGGCAGUCCAGAAGAAAGGCAUCUCUGGCGAUUAUCUAGUGGAAUGACAUUGGAAGAACUCCAUCAGUGGCGAGAGGUGUUGAUGAUAAAUCCAAUAAUGGCCGUGAACCCUUUAUUGACAGCAUCAGGGCAGCAAAGGAUCCCACUGGUUCCCUCUUCAUUUGAACCUCCAACUGUGGAUAGGUAUUUCUCACCAACAUGUUGGGGCAUUUUACCACCUGAAUCCAUAAAGGCAGUGGCCAGGAGAAAUGAAAUGAUUCGAAGGCAGCAUACUGCCAGGAUGGAAAUGGAAAUGCAUGCCAUUUACCAGCAAAGGAGAAUAGAAAAAGUGAAUCCCAAGGGACUCGCAGGCCUGGGGCUACCACUCCUCUAUGGCCCCAGUAUCUCAGCUGGCCCAGCCUCUUGCCAUAGCAGGAGCAUGCGCCCUGCCAGUGAGCUGCAUUUGCACCGACACUCCCUCAGAAACGUUCAGGGCAACCCCAUGCUGGUGGCACCUAGUCCACGCUUUCUAGAGAGCUGGGGUCAGAAAUAUCGUCGUCUCAGGAGAGGUGCAGGGAAUCAGAAAGUUCUAGACAGUGAUGCUGAGAGUCCCCAAAGUCAAGCAGAAGAAAAAACAAUAAGUCAGACUCAUGCGAUUCCCUCUGAAGAGGAGGAGUAUGUAAAAGACCCAGAAACAGAAACUCUCAACAAUCAGAAGUCAAGCGAAACCAAAGAAAAGCCAGCUACAGCUCUUGCCAACACCUGUGGAGAGAUGGAGCUUACUCACCAACAGCCCUGGGGAGUAGUUCAUGGUGCUCCCCUGGAAACAAAGGCCUGGGACCGUGGGAAAGAGAUGGCUUCAGAGCAGGCGUUUGCAGCCUGUGGUGAAAAGAACGGGCUUUACCCUCCAGUUCCUCAACCAUCUUUGCCCGGAACACAUGCACUGAUUACAACUGGGGGAAAUCUGCCCUUGGAUGAAGAUAUUCAGAAAUGGACCGUGAGUGACGUGCACAACUUUAUCAGUGGUCUUCCCGGUUGUUCAGGCUAUGCUCAGGUAUUUAAAGAUCAUGCAAUUGAUGGGGAAACUUUGCCGUUACUCACAGAGGAGCAUCUUCGGAGCACCAUGGGAUUAAAGCUAGGGCCGGCACUCAAGAUCCAAUCGCAGGUAUCUCAGCAUGUGGAAAGGAUGUUCUACAAGAAAAAUUUUUCACUUCCUGCCCAUACAAAACAAGCAUUUGAUCAACCAGCAGAUACAUCCCCUCUUCUGGAUUUUAAUUCCUGGGGUGACACAUUGAACAGUCCUUAUUCCCAGGAUGUAAUAAUUCCUAAAGGAAUUGAGCGAGAUAGUGUGAGAAAUUAAAACCCUCAAGGAGCAAGAACAGUCUUAGUCAGUUUUCCAAAGAGUCUAGGAUAUUCUUUCUGAAGGGUGUGUGAGGGUUUCCCAGGACCAGAUGGAGGCUGAGAGGGAGAGAAAGCCAGCCUUCCUGGAGCUGUCUUGGAGGAGGCCAUGCCUGAGAGGCUUCCCGAAGUGACCUCAGCACAAAGUGGCUGGAGGCAUAUCCUUGGAAGCAAAAGCUAAAGGAAGGACAGAAUUCGCAAACACCAAAAAAGCUUUGGUUGGAUGUUUCCAUGAGAAAUUCUCUAAAGAAUCCAAAAUAGCCAAUACUGAAAAAAAGAGUUCCUUCUCUCUCUUCUCUCAUUUCCCAUCCCCCAACCCAGAAAGAGACAGAGGCAAUCCAGUGGAGUAGGAAGGAGGCAGAAGAGAAAGUGAAGUACAAAGUAGAGAAAAAGAGAUGCUGACUACAAGGGCUCCAUCUUUUUUUUUAUUGCAGCCUCCAGGCUGAAGGAGGCCCAAGCUAGGGAAAAGCCGACGCCCUAAUCUUAAAGUGCGGAGUCUAACUAUUAUUCAGCAUUUUCUUUCUGACAUAAAAUUAUGUUAUGACUAAAAAUAACUAGAGGACUCAUCAUUAUCUGAGAGGGACAUGAAAAGUCCUUAUACCCACCUCAGAUUUCACCCAAGGGGUGGAGUAGAGUUAUCUCUGCAAACCAGGUUUGAAUUGGCAAGAUGGAGGGGAGAAGAUUAAAGUGGCUUUCGGCUUGUGCCCUAUGGAGUCCCACUUUGUCAUCUUCACAUCCAACAGAAAGCCUCUGAAAGGAUACACAAGAAACGGAUAUGAGUUUAUUCAGGGAGGGGACUGGGUAACAGUGUGUGAAGGUGACUUGCUACACACUGUCUUAUACAUUUUGAAUUUCUAACUAUGGGAAGGUAUUUUCUAUUUUUAAAAUUUACAUUUAAAAUGAAGAAACUGUAGUAAACAGCCUCUAAGAUGGCCCCUAAUGAUCUCUGCCUCCUAGUAGUCAUGCCCUUAUAUAAUCUCCUCUGUUGGGUGGAUUGGAUUUACAGACUCUUUUCUAAUGAGUAGAAUAUGAAAGACAUGAUGGGAUGUCACUUCUGUGGUUUCAGUCUGCGGUGCUCUCUCACUUUUUUUGGAAUCCUCACUCUUGAAGAAGCCAGCUUCUAGGCAGCCUGGCAGAGAGGCCCACGUGAUUGAACUUGGAAAUUGACCUUCUGAGAGCUGCCAACAGCGACUUGAGGGAAUUUGAAGGUGGCUCCUCCCUGAGUCAAGCCAUGAGAUGACAACACAGCUCCUGCUCACAGUUUAAAGGCAGCCCUGAGCCAGAGCCCCUCCGCUAAGCUGCUCCUGAAUUCCUGACCCACAGAAACUGUGAGAUAAUAAAUAUGUGUUGUU